GGUGUAUAACUCAAAUCUCAAAAUAUGGUUUUCCGGUGACAGAACCAAUAUUCCCAUUCCAUUUUAGCCAUUUCUCAGCCUCAAAUAUUCGUCCGUGAUUUCUUUGUUUUCUGGAUGUGGGUCUCACUAACAGUAAUGAUUAGUCUCCUUCCUUCCAUUCCUUCCAUCGUUUUUUCUCUUCCUUUUCCCGUCCUCCAUUCUUGACUCCUAUUGUUCCUCCUAUAUUGGUUUCUUCUAAACUCCCAAUUUUCUCACUUGGCCUCUGUUUUUUUCCACUGAUUCUCAACUGGGUUACUCAUUUUCCACAGAAAGUUUACUUCUUUCUGACUAGAAACUUUCUUUUUCAGUUCUUUGAGGCAUUUCGUCAAACAGUUUGGAAUGGCAUCUAUCCGGUCUUUACCUUUUGUCGUUCAAACGAAAGCAGAAAGUUCUUUGAUUCCUGGUAGCAAGAGCGAGCACCGACUUGGUUUCUCUUUCUCCACUUUAAGGCCAAGAAAGUUUAGGACUUUUGAUGAUUUGACAACAUCGGGGUUUUCUUUAUGCUGUGAUAGAGCGUUGGGUGGCUGUAGCAGAGGGCAGCUGCGGAGGUUUAAGCCUGUUAGAGUGGUGGGUUCGCCGGAAGGUGCGGGUAAUGAUGACCCGGAGGAUAGACUUCAGGCUACAAUUGAGAAGAGCAAGAAAGUUCUUGCUAUACAAAGAGACCUGCUGAAACAGAUUGCUGAAAGAAGGAAAUUGGUUUCUUCCAUAAGGCAUAGCCUUGACAACCAAGAAGAUGAGGUUUUCGAUGAGCAAAUGGAUAACUCCAUUUCAAGUGGGGACAUUGCUACAAGUAGAGUUGACGUAGGCCAAAAUGUUAACAUUCCUUCACAAAGUGGCAUCAAUCCUGCUGUAAAAGAAGUCACAGAAAGCCUACCUUCAGAUGAGAUCGGAAAGGAGAGUGGAAAACUAAUGCCUUCUAAAAAGGCAUCCCCAAAAAUAAAUUCUUCCUCCAAAGUCUCACAAAGCCUACCUUCUGAUGAAGUUGGAAAGGAACGUGGACAAAUACUGCCUCCUAAAAAGGCUUCCUCCAAAGUCUCAGAAAGCAUACCUGAUGAAGUUGGAAAGGAGCAUGGACAUAUAUUGGCUUCUAAAAAGGCUUCCUCCAAAUCUGAUUCUUUUAAAGCCACUGAUUCAGGAGCAGUUAAGUCUGAUUCACUUCCUUCUUAUCUCUUGAGCACUUCUGGAACUUCCAGUCUCAGAGUUGAAGAGAAUGAAGGCUUGAAAGGACCAAGCUUAGAAGAGGUUGCUGGUGAAGUAGAUGAUCCUGUGGUUGAAGAGUCAAAACCCCCUCCAUUGGCCGGGGCAAAUGUAAUGAAUAUUAUAUUAGUAGCUGCAGAAUGUGCUCCAUGGUCUAAAACAGGGGGGCUUGGAGAUGUUGCUGGUGCCUUACCAAAGGCUUUGGCUAGACGUGGACACAGGGUUAUGGUUGUGGCACCUCGCUAUGGAAAUUAUGCUGAACCUCAAGAUUCUGGAGUGCGGAAAAUGUAUAAGGUGGAUGGUCAGGAUGUGGAAGUAGCAUAUUUUCAAGCCUAUAUUGAUGGUGUGGACUUCGUUUUUGUUGAUUGUCAUAUGUUUCGCCACAUGGAGAAUAACAUAUAUGGAGGAAACCGAAUGGAUAUUUUGAAGCGUAUGGUUUUAUUUUGUAAGGCAGCUGUUGAGAUUCCUUGGUAUGUUCCAUGUGGUGGUGUCUGUUAUGGAGAUGGAAAUCUGGUUUUCAUCGCAAAUGAUUGGCAUACUGCAUUGUUGCCAGUGUAUUUGAGGGCUUAUUAUCGGGACAAUGGUCUGAUGACAUACACAAGAUCAGUUCUUGUGAUCCAUAACAUUGCCCACCAGGGUCGAGGACCAGUGGACGAUUUCCACUAUGUGCAUCUACCAGAACACUAUGUUGACUUUUUCAAAUUAUAUGAUCCUAUUGGAGGUGACCACUUUAAUAUCUUUGCAGCUGGACUAAAGACAGCUGACAGAGUGGUCACUGUGAGUCAUGGAUAUGCGCGGGAGCUUAAAACUGCUGAAGGUGGUUGGGGUUUGCAUCAUAUCAUAAAUGAAAAUGAUUGGAAAUUGAGGGGAAUAGUAAAUGGGAUUGAUACAAAGGACUGGAAUCCUCAGUAUGAUGUGCACCUAACAUCAGAUGGUUAUACUAACUACUCCCUGGAGACAGUGCAAACAGGGAAGGCUGAGUGCAAGGCUGCCUUACAAAAGGAGCUUGGGUUGCCUGUCCGUGAAGAUGUUCCAGUGAUUGGUUUCAUUGGGAGGCUGGAUCACCAAAAGGGUGUUGAUCUCAUAGCUGAUGCAGUUCCAUGGAUGAUGGGCCAGGAUGUGCAGUUAAUCAUGUUAGGCACUGGCAGACCUGAUCUGGAGCAGAUGCUGAGGCAGUUUGAGAACCAAUACCAUGACAAAGUCAGGGGAUGGGUUGGCUUUUCUGUAAAGACAGCUCACAGAAUAACAGCUGGGGCAGACAUUUUACUCAUGCCAUCAAGGUUUGAGCCCUGUGGAUUGAACCAGUUAUAUGCUAUGAGCUAUGGGACAAUUCCAGUUGUUCAUGCUGUUGGUGGAUUGAGGGAUACUGUGCAGCCUUUUGAUCCAUACAAUGAGUCAGGGCUUGGUUGGACUUUUGAUAGUGCUGAUGCAAAUAAGUUAAUACAUGCAUUGGGAAACUGCUUGUUGACUUACCGACAAUACAAACAGAGUUGGGAAGGACUCCAGAGACGAGGUAUGAUGCAAGAUCUCAGCUGGGACCAUGCUGCUCAGAUUUAUGAGGAGGUCCUUCUUGCUGCCAAGUACCAAUGGUGAGUUUUUAGUGCUCAAAGUGGUGUCUAUGAUUUUGACACUUUCUCAACUAGCUAGCCAUACAUGAGUCUGACUUCGGUGCAAACUUGUGUUUAGAAGAAGUAUCACAGUUGCCCAAGUUGUUUCUAAAUAAGACCUUUCCCUCUUUGGUUCUUCUCUUUUUGACCUUGGGAAUUCCUUUUGCCCCUUCCUUUCUUCACCUUUUCACACAUUUAGAGGCUUUAGUUUUCUAGUGGUUUUCCCACCACUUGUUUAGCUAGUUGAUCUUUUGUCUUCAGUACAUUCUAGCCAAAUAGAGUUGGAUUUACCUGCAUUUAUCUGCUUCGGCUGUAGAGAAACAAAUUGAAUAAUGGUAAUAGAUUUGUGUUUAUGAAAUUUGAUGCCCCUGUUCUAUUCAAAACCUAUGAUGAAUGCUUAUGAUAUUUUCUAUCAUUCCUUUUGUACUCAGAUUUCAUUUGGUUUGGCAUUUAUAGACAUGAUGAGUGCUUUUCUUAAUAUUUUAUUUUUGGCUAUAUUUUUCUUAAUAGUUCGAACGCGCUCUUUGCGUUGCAUAAUCGCUAGUUUCUUUGGUUUCUUCAUGCUUUCUUUACUCCUGCCAAAUACACUUGUGAUUGUGAUUAGUUGACUCAUGUUUUCUACAUUCCGUGAUUAGCUUGGUCAUGCUUUCUGCCCUUAAUCCCCAAACAUUCGUUGAAUUUCCUUUCUUUGGUUCUGAUGUCCCUUCCGAUAUGGUGUAGACUUAGCUUCUAAGUCUCCAUUCUGACCCCAUAAGGCUAUAGUAAAUAGAAACAUUAUCU